CAGGCCCCAGUUCACUGCGAACGCCCCGUUCCUCGAGCCCCCCUAGCUUGACAAUACGUUAGGAUCACCGCUCAAUUGAGAAGACAUGCGUUUCGCUAGUGUUGCAUUCCUCGCCGGCAUGGUGUCCGCCGUGUCGGCACACUUCCACCUGCAGUACCCUGGCCCUCGGGGACCGUUUGUGGAGGAGUCUGAGCCGACCUUCUGCGGUCGGUUGACACACGCCUAAUCGAAUUUCUUCGCGUUCUGACAUCGUGGUCGUAGAUAAUUAUGGCGACGUCACGACGAACCGUACGGCCUUCCCGCUCAACAAUGGGCACUACUACAUCACGACGGAGCACCCAACCUGGACGCGUAAGACUUCGUUCAAUAUUCUCCCUCGCACGUCGCUCACUCCCCCUUCUAGUCGGCAUCAUCAUCUCCACCGUUGCGAAUCCGAACAACUUCGCUAACUUCACGGACUCGAGCGGCAAGUACCAGAUGGCCGUGAACUACUUCGAGACCUCCGGCGAGGGCCCCUUCUGCGCGCCGCUCAACAUCAGCGCGGCGAAUAUCGACGGCGUCAAGGACGGCUCGAACGUGACGGUUCAGUUCAUCUUCGACGGCGGCGACGGCGCGCUGUACCAGUGCGCGGACCUCACCCUCUCGGAGAGCCUGACCUCCAUCCCGUCGAGUGUAUCCUGCUCGAACGCGACGUCGAACGCUGGCGUGACCUACUUCAGCGCUGGUGUCACACCGACUCUCAGCGCGACGGCUACGAGCUCCGGCGCGAGCUCGACAAGCACAUCGAGCGCGGCCGAUGCGAAGGCCAUCGUCGGUGUCUGGGGGCUUUUGUUGAGCGUGUUCGGUGGUCUGCUGGCUUUGGCGUAGUGGAUUUUGAGCUUGAUACACAAUUUUGUGAUGACGCGUUCCGCAAUAUGGAUUGGAUGGAUCAAUGACUCGCUGGUCCCUUUUGGAUGUGCCGGUGUCAUGAGCGAGUCGAUGAAAAGCUAACAUGCGUGCGUAUACAGUACGCUGGUCAAAAUUCCGAUACCAAUUACGCUACGCACCUCGUAAGUUAGGAUAACUCACUACCCAUGGUGUUCGCGCGACUCCAUGUCAUUUCGAUGGGACACAGUGUUGCAUGUGAAGUCCUUAAGCUUCACGAUGGUGUGACAAGGACAGGAAGGUGAUCGGCGGUCAGCGCCCCGUCUGUUCAUAGCCGUUGUUAAUAUGCCCCAACCUGUAUUGGGCUACUUGUGGUCCU